AUGUACCAAGAUUUAUACCUUCCUCACGAUCAGUUAACGGCUGUGGCUCUCCGCUACCCCACCAACCCUUUAUUGCACGGCCGCGGCCAGCCUGGUACGCAUGAUGUGGAUAUUGGUACCAAGAUCCUUCAAGAUUUUCGCGAUAAUGCUUCUACGAUUCGCAUCCCUGUGUAUGAUAAGAGUGCGCAUGAAGGUUUAGGCGAUCGUCUUCCUUCAUGGCAUGUGAUAGAAGGCGCUGUGGACAUCGUUCUAUUCGAGGGUUGGUGUCUGGGUUUCCAUAGCGUACCCAUGUCCGUUCUACAGCGAACUAUGGAAGUGGCAAAAGAUGUGACUCCUGCUCCCGCCUACGCUGCGUACACCUUGCAGGACGUGAGCUUGAUCAAUCAAGAGCUUGCUGUAUGGGAGCAGGCAUGGUACCCUCUUCUGGACGCGUUUAUCCAACUGUACCCUAUUACCCCACCUGGCACUAGUCCCUGGUCUCUUGUGUAUGCCUGGCGCCUGGAGGCCGAGCACACGAUGAAGCAACGCAAUGGCGGACAUGGCAUGACAGACGAGCAGGUCAAGGCGUUCGUGCAACGGUACUUGCCCAGCUAUGAGCUGUUUACGCUCGAUCUUCGCUCAGCCUCCUCGCGCUGGCACGGGCAUGGAAUGCGCAUCGAAAUACAAGCGGAUCGUAGUGCACAAGCUAUUGAGUAUACAUAG